AAUGAAUAACUAAUUAAGAUUGAGAAAAUUUAUGAAUGAAUUACUACUAGAUUAAAUUCCCAAACUUGUUGAUAUGUUGAGAUCUUUGGAGGAAUUAUCCCUUAUGCAAGUACAGGCAUAGAGUAAAAAUACUAUAGUUGUUCAAUAAUUGCCAGGAUUACGUUUGGCAAUAUGCAAAUAUAAGAAUUGAAGUUCAAUUUCUAAAAAGUAAAAGUA